AUGGCUGACAUAGGAAAAAUGUUUAGACAAAUUUUGGUAGAUGCUCGUGACUGCAAUUAUCAAAGAAUUUUAUGGUGCUCGCCUGAUAACAAUGUGGUGGCCUAUCGACUUUUGACUCUCGCUUAUAACACUACCUGUGCUCUUCACUUGGCUAAUAAAGUAAUUAAGCAAUUAGCUCAUGAUCAAGGCAUACAAGCCAAGGAGAAGCGACAGCAAGUAUCUCAAUUGUUGGAAUCUAGUGGUUUCCACUUGCGAAAAUGGGUGCCUAAUGAUUCAGAAUUAUUAGAAGAUUGUCCUUCUGAAAAGCAUGAAAGGGCUAUAGAGUUUCCGUUAGCUGAAGCUGCUCAGCUCAAAGAUUUGGGCUUAUUUUGUGAUCCUGAAUCUGUCGCAUUUCAUUUUAAGGUAACUCCCCCUUCAGUGAAGACUCCAACUAAAAGUAUCGUUCUUUCUUUAAUAGCUAAAUUAUAUGAUUCGAUGGGUUGUUUAACUCCAGUAAUGCUAGUGGCUAUGUUAUUGAUGCAGGAGCUUUGGCUACCGAAGCUUGAUUGGGAUAAGAAGUUGCCGAACGACCUUCAGAUUCUCUGGUCUGAUUAUCACAAUACUUUGGAGAAACUAGAAUCUCUGAAAGUUCCUAGAUUGACUGGUCAACUGCCAGAAAAUUUAAAUUAUGAGCUUCACGGAUUUGCGUAUGCUUCUUCUAAAGCUUACUCCACUUCUGUUUAUCUUAACAUUCUCAGUGGAGAUUUGAAUAAUUAUCACAUUAGCUUAUUAAAGGCUGAAUCUAAAGUGGUUCCUCUUAAAUACUUGUUAAUUCCACGUUUAGAAUGA